ACUAUGAACUCGAACUUACUGAAAUAUGUACGAUAAACAGAUUCUAUUCCUAGAAGUUAUAAUGAACGAUAUUUCAUAAUAUUAUUUCAUCGAUCCAAUAUAGACAUUUUCAAACAAGAAACAACAUCCUGCAGGACCCACACCGAAACAAAAGAAUCAACAAUGACAAAUAGAAAUACGAUAAACGAUAAAGUUGUGAUAAGAUUACUUUCUACAGAUAAAAAUAAUGCCAGUUCCCAAACGAAGUUAAUACAGAAAGCAUCACAAGACUCAUAGUUCCACUCGCUGUUUCAGAAAUUGAAUAACAAAAGAUGGCCGGUCCAAUAAUUGAAAGAAGCCUAUGUGGUUACAGCCUGAAGACAGCUUGCAAAAUAAUAGGUUGGCUCGGUGUGGUAGGAUGGGGUACACUUUUAGUUGGCCUUGCUGUGAAUUUUUUCGUGCUUAUUGAACAGGAUGAACAAGAAUAUUCUUGGAUCUUCAUCUCAAUUAUAUUGGCAUUGCCAUUAUUUAUGAUCGCAUAUAAUAUAAUGGUUCUAGUAGCAGUUGAAAAGAGAUGGCCAGGAUUGCUGCUACCUUACAUGGUUUUCACUAUGAUACACGUUGUUGGCGGCCUAGUGAGAAUUGGAGUUUCAAUAAGAUACGAAAAUUACAAUGCACUUUUCUACUUUUCAAAAGCAGUUUUUGACAUCUAUUUCUUACUGCUUGUCUCAAGCUAUUACUUACAACUAAGAAUCAUAAAACGAGAUGCUGGAGCCGUAUAAUAGGCUACACAUAAUGUGGAGUGCAAGGAAUGAACUAGUAUCAAUACCGUCAAAAAUGAUACAUUUUACCAAUGAUGUUAUUGUUGACUAAAAUUCAUUAGGCCUAACCAAUAUAUUUAAAUUAUUGUUUUAAAGUUUAACCUGUUCGAUCAAUGUUUUAGUGUUUGAGCUAUUAUUAAUCCAAGACAAUAAAAUGUUGAAAAAUA